AUGGUUUCCCGAGUGAUCUGGCUCCUGGUCAUGCUGACAGGUGUCCUGUGCGCGCGCUCCAGCCGGGCUCAUACCUGUCCAGCCAUCUGCAGCUGCAGCCAAAACACCUUUCAGUGCAAUAGAGACACUCAGCUGGCCUCCCGGGGUGCAGCAACAUCCGUGACCCGACUGUGGCUCUCUCAGCUGUGCCUCAAAGAAGUCCCCACUCAUGCCUUCAAGGAGCUCAUCAACAUUACAGUAAUAGAGAUUUCCCAGAGCGACUGCAUCAGGCAGAUAAAGAGACAUGCCUUCCUUUCCCUCCACAGCCUGGUUCAAAUCUUGGUGCAAAAUAUCAACAGUCUGAGGGUUAUUGAAAAAGGGGCCUUCACUGACCUGCCUAAACUGGAAUAUUUGAGCAUCUCUAACACAGGGCUGAUACACUUCCCCGACUUCACAACCAUCUCCUCCCUGACGCCAAAUAUUAUCCUAGAAAUGGCAGAAAACAUGAGGAUAGAAGUCAUUCCUGCCAAUUCUUUCCAGGGCAUCACAGAGGAAUAUGUUGACAUGAACCUGUUCAGAAACGGCUUCAAAGAAAUACAAUCUCAUGCAUUCAAUGGAACCAAGCUCAACACACUGAUUCUGAGGGACAACAGAGGUCUAAGAAACAUCCAAGAAGAUGCUUUUGGAGCCACGGGUCCAAGUGUUUUGGAUGUUUCCUCCACAGCUCUGAGCUCCCUCCCUCCCAAAGGCUUGAGGCAUGUGAGGUUUCUGAAAGCCAUCUCUGCCUUCGCUCUGAAGACCCUCCCUCCUCUGGACAGCAUGUCUGAUCUGCUGGAGGCCGAGCUCACGUACUCGAGCCACUGCUGCGCCUUCCACACAUGGCGGCGGAAACAAAGGGAAAGUGCUUCAAAGAACUUCACAAAGUUUUGUGAUUCCAGCGCAGGAGAAAUAGAGCCCUUCACAGAUGGCAUGGAUCUCACUGACAACAUCAACUUUCAGUAUCCAGACCUGGAAUUAAUUUGUCACAACAACCCUUUGGUCAAGUGCACGCCAAAUCCGGACGCCUUCAACCCGUGUGAGGACCUGCUGGGCUUCCCCUUCCUGCGCAGCCUCACCUGGAUCAUCACCAUGUGCGCUGUGACCGGUAACCUGGCCGUGCUGAUCAUCCUGCUGAUGAGCCACCACAAGCUGACCAUCUCCAGAUUCCUCAUGUGUAACCUGGCGUUCGCCGACCUGUGCAUGGGGCUCUACCUGAUGCUCAUCGCCUUCAUGGACCGGCGAUCCCGCCACGAGUACUACAACCACGCCACGGACUGGCAGACGGGGCCCGGGUGUGGAGUGGCGGGUUUUUUGACGGUGUUCGCCAGCGAGCUGUCGGUCUACACGCUCACCGUGAUCAGCCUCGAACGCAGGCACACGAUCGCGAACGCCAUGCAUGUCAACAAGAGGCUGCGGUUGUCCCAUGUGGCGGUCAUAAUGGCGGCCGGCUGGAGCUUAUCACUGCUGGUGGCGCUGCUCCCCCUGGUGGGCGUCAGCAGCUACAGCAAGGUGAGCAUCUGUCUGCCCAUGGACAUCGACACGCUGGGCUCGCAGGUGUACGUCGUCGCCGUGCUUGUCUUCAACGCCGCCGCCUUCCUCGUGGUCUGCGUCUGCUACGUCUGCAUCUACCUGAGCGUCCACAACCCCGAGCACUCCACCCGGAACGGAGACACCAAGAUCGCCAAGCGAAUGGCGGUGCUCAUUUUCACCGACUUUAUGUGCAUGGCGCCGAUCUCCUUCUUCGCCAUCUCCGCGGCCCUGCACAUGCCCCUCAUAACCGUGUCGCACUCCAAGAUCCUGCUUGUCCUCUUUUACCCGAUCAACUCCCUCUGCAACCCGUUCCUGUACACGCUCUUCACCCGGGCCUUCAGGAAGGACGUGGGCCUGCUGCUGAGACGCUGCGGUUGCCACGCCAACGCCGACCUCUACAGGUCGCAGACUCUGGCCACGCACCUGAACUCUACGCACAAAAUGUCCUUCAGAAAACCUCGCUCGCUUAGCCUCUAUGCUUAUCACAUUAAAGUGAAGGGUUGCUUUCUAAACAAGGGAACGACAUGACCAUCAACUGAGAGAACGGAGGUCAAAAUGAAGGUCAGGGUGAAGAUCUUUGUCUGUCCAGUUAAAAGCAGACAUCAGCGCUGAUUUGAUCUUGGUUGCUUCACAGAAUGACACUUGCAUUAGAAAGGAUUUUGUGACCUCUAAUUGGAGGAGUGUGAACCGAUGAUGUGGUAAAAAAAAGCAGAA